CCGAAGCCCAACUGCUUUUAGGCUUUGUACCAUUCUUUCCAACGUUCUUGCGCUAGCGCUCUCUCUCUCUCUCGCUCUCGCACACACAGAGAUGAUGAUGCAGAGGCAGCUGUUGAAGAAGCUCAGUUUCAGACCUCCCAAUGGAAUAUCUCAAUUCAAUCAACGGAGAGAAAUGCACAGCAGGAACAAGAAGGCCAUGGAGUUGAUAGCCAAAGGGUGGAGUGCUCUAAAGGAAGUGGACAGAGUUAUCGAUUAUUGCGAGCUCAAUGAUAGCCGCCUCAUCCCUCUAUUAAGGGCAGCAAAGGAAAACUUUGAGUUGGCUCUAGAAGCUGACAACUCAAAUACCCAUGCCAGGUAUUGGUUGUCCAAAUUACAUUUGAAAUACCAUGUCCCAGGCGCUUGCAGAGCUAUAGGAGCUGCUUUGUUAGUUGAAGCGGCGAAUAUGGGUGAUCCGGAUGCACAGUAUGAACUAGGUUGUAAGCUUAGAGUUGAGAAUGAACAUGUCCAAUCGGAUCAACAAGCUUUCCAUUAUCUGGAGAAGGCUGUUGACCAGUUGCAUCCAGGUGCUCUUUAUCUUCUGGGUGCCGUGUAUCUGACGGGGGACUGUGUGAAGAAAGAUUUUGCCUCCGCAUUAUGGUGUUUCCAUAGGGCAUCAGACAAGGGGCAUGCUGGUGCAGCUAUAGCAUUUGGGUCUCUUCUUCUUCAAGGUGUUGAAAUCCCAGAAUCUGUGACGAAGUUCGUUUCCAAGAGGGGUUCUUUGGCCAGAAUGGCAAGAAAGAAUGGAGAAAGCCUUGUAACAGAUCCCAUUGAGAUGGCAAGAGAACGGUUCCACAUUGCUGCGAAAGGAGGAUGCGAUCUAGGACUGAAAUGGUUGGAAAGACUUGAGGAGGAAGAGAAGCAUCUAUUGACCGAAACCGAAAUGGUUGAACAGACUUAAGGAGGAAAAGAAGACUGGUAACCGGACAAUGUACUGACUGGAUACAGCUCUUCCUUUAAUCUCGUGACUGUAUUGAUAUGCGUCGGUAUAAACAUAUGGCACAAUCCGAGAGACAAAUUUGCUUCGCAAAUGUUGGAGUGCAAUGCUGUCAUGAAUGACCAACUGGAAGGUUACUGAUGUGGUGUGCUCUUUUGUGUGUGUAUAUAUAUAUAUAUUCUUUCUUCAUAUUUGAUGUAUACUUUGGGAAUUGCCAUCCAUCAUGCCUAGCAAAUCUUUAGAUGUAUUGUGCCAGAUUGAUGAUGGUUCAAUUGACCAAGGAUAUGUUAGUACAAAUAUUUCUAGGAGCUAUGGAGAUUGGAAGAAUGAUUUGCUCUA